AUGCACGUGACCCAGCUCGUUCCGUUCCAUCUCGGCCCGCCGCUCCCUGCUUACGGUCCGCCGACGGUCCUUCCUCCACAGAUUCUCCGUGGUUUGCUCCGUGGUUUGCCAGAGACUAUAUAUGAGGCCGAUGGCUGCCUUCUACAGCCCCUUACCUUCUCUUCUCCCUCCCCCACAUACAGGCAAGCCAUGGCUGACCUCAAGAAGCUCAAUGUCCUCAUGUGCGGCACGGGUGAAUACACCACUGGCUGGACAGGUUCGGGGGCCUCUACAUCGGACAAAAAGAUCGGUGUUGUCGCUCUUACCCUUUUCGACUUGAGGAGGCGUGACAAGGUCAAUCACCUUGGGAUGGUAGGGGUCAACGGGAAGAAAUUCCCCGCCAUCAGGCAACAUCUUGAGAAGAAUAUCGCCGGAGCUUACAAAGACAUGGAUGUCUCCUUCGAGGAAUUCCCAAAGGAUAACCUCGUCGAUGCGGAUGCCUAUAAAACGGCCAUUGACAAAAUGAGCCCCGGAGAGGCCGUCAUCAUUUUUACUCCCGAUACUACCCAUUUCCCCAUCGCUAUUUAUGCCAUCGAGCGCGGAUUACAUGUUCUUGUCACCAAGCCCGCCACAAAGCUUCUAGCCCAUCACAAUGAGCUAAUCGCGGCCGCUCAAAAGCACAAUGUUGUCUGCUUCGUUGAGCAUCAUAAGCGCUUCGACCCAGUCUACAGCGAUGCACGAGCGAGGGCCGCGACUCUCGGAGAGUUUAAUUUCUUCAACGCCUGGAUGAGCCAACCGAAGAGUCAAUUGGAGACAUUCAGGGCAUGGGCCGGGAAGGACUCGGACAUCAGUUACUACCUCUCGUCUCAUCACAUCGAUAUCUGCUGCUGGAUCUUGCAGGACAUCGCGGUUCCAACGCGCGUCGUCGCCAGCGCAGCAACCGGAAUCGCGACUAGCGCGCCGUACAAUUGCGUUCCGGAGACGGAGGACACGAUCACACUUUUGGUUGAUUGGCAAUCAUUGAAAAGUCCAACUCAUAAAGGCACAGCUGUCUAUACCGCCAGUUGGACAGCGCCUCUUAAGUCCGGGGUCCACAGCGCCCAGCAUUGGUAUUAUAUGGGAGAAAAGGGUGACAUCAAUGUUGACCAGGCGCACAGAGGAUACGAUGUCACCGUCGAUGAAACUGGCAAGUCUUGGGUGAACCCCUUCUACAUGAAAUAUUCGCCCUCUGAAAGCGGUCACUUCGAUGGCCAGCGUGGCUAUGGAUACAUUUCUAUCGAGAAAUUCGUCGACGCCGUACGCGAAGUGAACACCGGCCUCACGCAGCCUUCGGAUUAUGACAAACAUGGGCUCCCAACCAUCAGGAAUACGGUCCUGACCACAGCGAUUCUCAACGCCGGCCGUAUAAGUUUAGACGAGAAAAGGCCGGUUGGCAUCAAGAAGGAUGGGGAGCAAUGGAUUCUGGAGUAA